UCUUUGUUCUUGGACUUGUUACCUUUUCACUGCUUUUAUCCUUAACUACUAAAACCUCAAGAACAUGUUUUUAAAGCCCAAUUUGUAGCAGUGAAAUGGUGACUGAUAUUCUUCUGCGGUUUUUCUAAAUAGACUUAGAGAAGUAGCUAGACAAGAGUGCAUGAAACAUUGAGUCAUCGGUGUAAAAAAGUGGUUUAUCUUUUGGCAAAGUAAUACUGCUUUUGGUUUCUUUUAUGGGUUGUCAUUGUCAGUAUUGUUGGAACAUAAAAUAUAGUUAUGUUUCCUUAAUCAGGAACUCUUAAUAAUCAAGUUUAUUAAGAGUUCUGAUGUUCAAAUUAUAUCGGUAGUAGUUUGUACGUACUGCACAAAACCAUGGUAUAUUGCUCAAUGCUCUUAAGGCAAGGAAUUCCUUGAAAAUUCUGCUUUUAUGAAGCAUAUUCUUUAUUGGCAGUUCUUCAUUUUCCCCAGCUAAAAGUCUGUAUCCUUUGGAAGGGCUCAGUUCCAGGUUGCAUUUUAAAUGAAACACCUUCCGGGUGAAUUCAAUGGGAAGGGAACAAAAAGCCUCUCUGAAUCCCACAGAAUUCAUGUAAUUCAAGCCUGUUCAAUUCUAAAAUAGUUUUGGAGAAGUUCCCAGAUCUCCUGCCUUGCUGAGUUGUUCUUGCAGUCUCUUUAAACAUUUUAUUUCCUCACUGUGUUUUUCUGAUAUUUUUGUAUAGAUGUGAACAAGAAGACAUUGAGUUAAAGCACAACUCCGCCUUAAAGCAGUUAAGGAGAGAGUUCAAUACCCAACUGGCUCAAAAAGAAAAAGAAAAGGAAAUGGCAGUAAAAGAGACGAUCAGUAAAGCCCAGGAGGUAGAAGCUGAGCUGAUAGAAAAUCAUCACAUAGAGACAAUACGAUUACACAAAAAGAUUGCUGAAAAAGAUGAUGAUCUAAAAAGAACUGUGGAAAAAUUUGAAGAAAUCCUUGAGGCACAGCUUGCAAAGAAGACAACAGUAGUCAAUGAUUCAAAACGGAAAGAGCAGGAAUUGAAGGAGCAGAUUCAUGUACUGGAAGACCAGCUGAAAAAGUAUGAGAAGAAAAUGUACAUCACGUCAGUUGGAACACCGUACAGAGGUAAAGGCACAGUUUUAAACACGGAUAAUUUUUUUUGGUUGAAAUUUAUGAAAUAUGCUUUGAUUUAGAUAAUUUAUUAAAAUGUCAAUCUCUCUAAAACACUUGGGUGAUAUUUUUAUGACAUCAUCGUUUUGUCUGGUUUGUUAUAAUAGAGGUGGUGUGUGAUUUCAGAUGAGCAAAUCACGCACCAUUUUGUUUGAUGUUUAUUUUUAUAUCAUACAGUUAAAAGAUCUCUGUCAGAGUUCUUAAGCUUUCUGUAUCUCAAGAAGCGGUAGAGGCAGUGGCACUAGAAAGUCGGUGGGGAGGAAUUAUCAUUUGUCUUUGCUAAUUCAGUAGACGUUUAAAAAUAUUAGAUUUUACAGAUCUUCCUUUUGUUACACGCCUGGGCUUUUGCUUUCUAAUUGUAGUGUUACAGAAAAGGGACAGCUGAUUUAGGCCUCAAAGAUGCAGGUUGCAUCAGACGAGCCAGGCUAAACAAGUGACACACAAGCAGUCGUGGUUGAGAGAGGAGCAGGGCAUGGAAGGACACGGGUGAAACUUUCUGCACUGCUUGAUAAGGUUGUGAUUUGAGUUGUUAGUGGUGCAUGAUAGUUAAUGAACUCUUCAGAUGAAUUUUAUACGAUACGGCCAGGCCAACUUUCUUUUUCUUCACUUGCAACUGAGAAGCUUUGCACGGUUGCCAGGAAUUGAUUCAGUGCACGUGAAACAAUCGCUGUCUGUCGGCUGAAAGGCAGUGGUUUGACUGCAGCAUUGCCACAGCAAGAAAAACUUCGGAUGUUUCCAUUGCUGGUUCUCACAGUGCAGCUGACGGCCCGUCUUCCUCUCUUGCAGUCAUGCAAAUACAGCCUUCAAUACAAAACAAUAUCUGUUUCAAAGCUAAAAAACCCAACCUGUUCAUCUUAGCAAACAGUCAUGGUUUCUACUUUAUUUUGUGUUCUUUUAAACCUUUAAAUACAGCAGUCGAUGCACUUUAUGGCACUUCAAACGCAAAUAGAGUUUGGACUGUUUGCCUUGAUCACUUCUUGACAAAAUCAGCAACUGUUUUUUCUGUUGCUGAUAAUUGAAUUGAUGAUAACAACAGACAAAACAAUUUGCGACACUGUUGUAGAAAGCAUGUUUGGAAUUUAAAUUGUCAUCACGCUGCCUUGCAGUGCUGCUGUGAAAAACGGUCAGGGGUUCUCAGCUGCAUUUGAAGCAUAUCGCAGAAGGGCUUGAUUUUGACCUUAAUGUCAGCAAUUACCUGUUGUACUUCCACAAUUUAAGCUAAUAGGUAUGGGAACUGUUGAGACCUCAUUAUUGGAUUGUAGUUUCUUAGGGUAUUUCAAGUGUUUUUGGGACUGAUGUCAGCAGAUAGCCAGCAAAUGGGACGAUAUUCUCGCGUGUAUAAAACUUAGAAAUUGAGACAAUGAUGGCUUCAUUGUGAAAACAGUGAUUUUUUUGAGUGUACAGGAGGCUUUUUGCUAGCCAUAAAAUGUUACUUCAUCAUUUCAGUUUUGAUGACAGGCCUUAUGCAACUCUUUUUCAAUGGAUUGAGAUGCAGUGACAUGGUAGACUGAUUAUUUACCGUGAGACUCAUGACUUUUGCCACAGGUUGUUUUGUUUUGUCACAGCUUCUCAGCUGUUUUGCUGAUACUGGGAUGGAAUUACUGUCUGGGAAUCACUUACUGAUUUGACAAUUUUGACCUGAAAUGCUCUCAUCUCCUAUACGUAUCAACAAGUAACAUCAUUAUUAUUUUAAGUGCUUCUAAGUUGCUUUCGAUAGUGUAACAUUUGUUCGUUUGUUCUAACUUUUCUUUCUUCCAGUCAUGGCUACGACCAUCUUGAAGCAGUUGCGAUGAGAAUGUCUCAUGGCGCUGCUGCUUAGAAAUAAUGUUUUUAUCUGUGCUCUUGUCCCUCGAGAAGGGACAAGGAGACAGGCUAGGAUUCAAGGUCACAAAUGGAACAGCAGAACCCAAAACUCAGCACCACCUUUGACCAUGAAUCUAGAUAAGAAAAAUCCCAAUAACACAAACCUAUUUUCAGUGCUACAUGAAAAGUAUAAGUUUCUCAGCUGUACCAUUAAGGAGCCGAGCCAUUGCAUGGACUUGGUACUCAGGAUAAAACUUCAGGGUCACAAGGAUCAAGCUCUCAUGGAGAGGCCCCAGGCUGGACUCGGCAGCAGAAGGAAGCUGGACUCAGGAAUUGAAUUCAGGAAGGUGCGGAUGCCGGGUAGCAGAAAAGACAGACAAGGUCUUCACUGCAUGCUGGCCAUCCAAGAAGAGAGCUUGACCCUCGUAAUCCCUCAGCUGGUUAUCCUGAGUAUGACAAGAAUGGAGUGGAAUACUCUGUUGGUCAGUUUGGGUUCACCUGUCCUGUCCGUUCCUCCCUGGAGGUGUGACCCUUUCUUUUCAU